AUGAAAUUUGAUACUCAAGAAAUCGCCUGGCAUGGAAAAGAACCAAUUCUGAGUGUUGAUUUUAGCAAAGUGGGAUCAAAAUGGCGACUUGCAUCCGCGGGCGCAGAUAACGAUGUAAAGGUAAGCUCAGCGUGGAUUUAUGAUCAAAAAUUGUUGCAGGGAAACUAUUCCUGACCUUCAUCCUGUUUCUUUCCAAGUUUAUCCUAAGUUAGCUAUUUCAUUCAUUUCUUUUACCUUCAAAUGCAGAUCUGGUCUAUCGUUUGCAGUGAUGGUCAAAAGACAGCUAUCGACUUUUUAGCAAAUUUGAGUCGCCACACAAAAGCUGUAAACGUGGUAAAGUUUUCUCCCAAAGGUAAGCUUAAAUUUCGCGUAGCUACAACUUCGAUCUGAUGUUUGGUCCCCUCGAAGCGUUCUGGGCACCAAUUUACGAGCAUCUAGUGAGAGCAUCCCACGUUUUUUCUACCGCAGUUCACAUAUAUGAUUUUCAUAUAUUUACAGUCAUUUCUUCAACACUUGGAGGGUUUAUUUCGAACCAACAUAAUAACCAGCUCCUAGUUGGCUUGUUAGCUUAGUUGAUAAAGCGCUGCGCCGGUAACGCAGAGGUCAUGGGUUCAAAUCCCGGGCCUGAUUUUUUUCAGGCCUUACUUUCACAACUACUAAGUAGUGUUCAUAAUUUCGAGGAUCGCUUCCAUAUUCGUUAUCAUCUCAUAUCUUAAUUCAUGGGUCUUUGCACUUGUAACUGACCUCUCUGUCUCGACUGAUGAUUAAGGAGAGAUCAUAUGUUAAUCACCAAUUUGUUUUCAAGCAAUAGAGGACUUUUUCCGCAUCGACAUUGCCGCAUCGAAACACGAUGGGAAUCGAGAAAGUUAUGCAAACCUGCAACACAUAACUUGCAUGUUGCCUAUCAUUAAUUAUUUUUUUUAUAUUUCUACACGCAGAUGAGAUUCUUGCAUCAGGAGGAGAUGGUAAGUUUGAAAAGAAGAAAACUGUUAAAAAACAAAAAACAAGAGUUCUUUUGCCAAUAAAUACUGGUACCUUCCCCAUGGAGGACUAAAAUGUAAUCUCUUGAAGGAGAAAGUCUGAAGUGAUGAAUAAUCAUUUAGAAGAAGUCUUGAUCAGAUAUAGCAAUGAAUUUUCUCAAGCAGAAUAAAGGUAGUUUUAAAUAUGGAUGAUCAUGGUUUCUUUUACACAAAUAGCAUCUUUAAUUAAGCUUUUCUCGUGGUAUUAAUGGUGUCCUCCCUUCUUCUUUAAAAUCUACUUAAUUAUUUUAUUUCUUGACAGACUCCAUGAUUAUUCUAUGGAAGCUCAAUAACUCAGGUGAGAGGAACACCUGUGACACAUUAAUGGAUGCAGAUGAAGUACCAAACAAGGAAUCUUGGACUUUUCACAAGGCACUGAGGUAUGUGUAUGAAUUACCAGCAGGGUCGUUAUUCUUCACGUUUUUCAUGAAGAGCUUCAUGGUGAUUUGCAAAAUAUUUAAUGUGAUGGAUAUUUAUGUUUUGAAAUGUAGGGGGCACAUUGAGGACAUUUACGAUCUUCAAUGGUCACCAGAUGGAAACAAUCUUAUUUCAGGAUCUGUUGACAAUAGUGCUAUAAUUUGGGAUGUAGUUAAAGGUAUGUGUAUGGCUUUGACAGUUCUAAUGAGAAACUUCAAUCACCUUAAUUAUGAACCAGUAUCUGUACCAAUGUAAGAAACACAGUGUCUUAGAGGUCAGGUUCAGUUUUGAGACCUGGCUGGAUCACUGUGUUGUAUUCUUGGGUAAAACAUGUUUCUUUUAGUGCCCUUCUCCAUCCAGAAGCAUAGAUGGUUACUGUUGAAUUGUCAGGGAGUCUAAUGAGAUGCUGGGGAUUAACCUUGCGAUGAACUGGCAACUCAUCUAAGGAGGAAUAAUAAUUCUCCUGGUCACCUCAUGCUAUGCAAAGCAUGAUAUUAAAUGAAAGCAAAAUAUCCUUGUCCUCUCCUCAUUCUAGCCCUAUGGAAAUUCCAGGUUUGAUCUGUGCUUUGUCAUUCCCCUUUUAAUUUCCAACCACUGUCCCUGAGGUGAGUGUGGUUGUUUUCCAAGAACCAAAAAAUUCUCAACUUUAUCAUGUUGAACAUGAUCUACAGGUCAGAAACUUGUAAUCUUGAAGGACCAUAAACAUUAUGUUCAAGGAGUUUGCUGGGAUCCCCUUGGCCAAUAUGUUGUGACAAAUUCAAGUGACAGGUAAUACUUUAUGAACUCCUUACACCCAAACAUCAGUAUGCAUAUUCUCCAUACUGUUCUCUAAACAUUUUCUAAGGAACUGACAAGGAGAAUUUGUUUAAAAAUCAAGAGUUUCUUAAGUUGGUGAUCAUUUCCUUUAUUCUCGUGACCUUACUGUGUGAUGCAGGGGGAAUAUUGAAGGGAGAAUUAAGAUGCUAGUCACUGUUAGGGGUCAAGGGGUUAAACUUACAUUUAAAAUUAUUUAGGAUACUUAAGAUACAGAUACACUUGCAAUACUCUUGUUUACACUAUAUACAACAUGAUUUAAUGCACUUGAUCACUAAUGAUACAAGUCCAGAGUACUGUGCUUCAUAUGUCACAGUUUUGUGUUACAUUUUCUCAAGUUUGGAAGGCAAAUAUCAAAACCAUUGACAAUGCUUUCAAGUAGCAGCUGUCAUGUUAACAAGCCUUGUCCAUUUGCUACUGAGGUUUUAUUUUGGUUCAGAAACUGCAAUGAUAAAGUAGCCAUGAUAAAUUUUUUUCAGUCAUUUGGAACAAAACAAAACUUGGCAAACCAGAACUUAAUACUCAAAGUAACAAGUUGUGCUUCAUAUAACUUAUUUCUAUCUUUACUUUUAUUCCUUCUUGUAGAAGUUGCAGGCUUUACAAUCCCAACUCUCACCGCUGUUGUUAUAACAUAACAAAACUGUUGGUAAAUGGAUCUCUAAAGCCAACAGAAAAUGGAGAGGUAGUACCAUUCUCUCUUUUGGUCAAACCUUUACACCCCAACAUCAGUAUGCAUAUUCUCUUUGCUGUUCUUUAUACUCUUCCCAAGGUGCUGACAAGGAGAGUUUGGGACCAAUAUUAGUAUCUGGGCAACUGCCACCUACCCCUCCCCUAACCCAACAACAGUCAACUGAUAACAAGUUAGGGUUAAUGUUGGGUUAGGGGAGGGGUAGGUGGACAGUUGCCCACAUACUGAUAUUGAUCUGAGAGUUUGUUUAACAAUCAAGAACUUGUUCAGUUGAUGAUCAUUUCCUUUAUUCUUGUCACCUUAAUGUGUGAUUCAGGGGUAAUAUUCUAGGGAGAAAUUGAAUGCUAGGCAUUCUUAGGAGUCAAGUGGUUGAGCAUUUUUAUCUCACUACCCAAUAUGUAAAAUAAUGAUAUUUAAUAACACCAAACAUAAACAUUUUCUGUUCCUGUUUUUCCUUAGGCAUUUAAGCAUGGGAAAAUGUUUCACGAUGAAACCAUGCCCUCUUUCUUUCGCCGGCCAAGUUUUUCACCAGAGGGAUCAUUGCUUCUAGUCCCUGGUAAGCAUUUCCCUCAAAACAUGGUUACUGUUAUGUCUUUUCACAUGUUGGUUCUCGGUUCAGAUAAUGUUUCUCUCAACUAGGUUUACUUUUUUGCACUGAGACAUGAGCUUAUCUCCAAUCAUAAAAGUGAGGUUCCCAAACACUAUGUCAUUUGCAUUUUCCCCUUUUACAAAAUUUGUUUAAUUUCCUCAAUUUCCAUUUAAUUUUCAGCUGGCCGGCUUGAAGUUGGUGAUCAGAUUGUCAACACAACAUAUGUUUUUACCAGAGGAUCUCCAAACAAGUAAGUACCUUUACCAUCUGUGUAACAAACAAAGGACACCUUACAUACCCAGGUUGAGAACCUUGUCAAGAUCUUUUAUGAUCAUGAAAGAUCUUGGAUGAUCUUGUCAAGAUCUUUAUCUUGCAAGGAUCUUGCCAAGAUCUUGGCAAGUUGAGACCACUGAAAGAUCUUGCUAAGAUCUUACCAUGUAAGAUAGUAAAAAAUCUUGCCAAGAUCAUUCCCUUGCGAACUGAAUUCCCAGUUUUCUAGGAAUUCCUAGGAAUUCUCAAAAAUUCCCAAUUAUGCAAAUGACCCUUGCAAACUGAAUUCCCAGUUUUCUGGGAAUUUCUGGGAAUUCCUAGGAAUUCCUAGGAAUUCUCAAAAAUUCCCAACUAUGCAAAUUAACUCUGAUUUAAAAUGCUUGGAAUUACUGGGAAUUUCUGGGAAAGGAAGACUCCAGUUUUGUGAGGACUUGGAAUCCCUAGGAAUUCCUAGGAAUUCUCAGCUUUACAAACUACCUAUAAUUUAAGAAGUGUGGAACUCUUGGGAAUUUCUGGGAAUUGAAUUUGAGGCAAUUUUAAUACCCUGAGGUCCACAUAAAUUCUAAGAAAUUCUCAAUACCUUGAAUGUAAAGGUUUUAAGAAAAAGAGUAAUUUCAGAGGCUUAAAACUUUGGCUCAAUAAAAGGUAUGCUAUACAAAACUUACCAAGAGAUAUACAUACAUGUACAUGUUUAUAACUUAAAGAUCAUGAAAUUUAUUACUCAAACUAAGUUUUAGUAAAUCUUUACAUUAAUAUGGAUUUUCUCAUGAACCAGCUGUCAGUUAUGUUAAAUGGAAAUUGCCAACUUCCACAAUAAUUAACAAUAAUUACAUUGUUAUAUUACUUCCCUAACCUACAUUACUGGUUGCCUUUGUUAGAAAACCAUGGAACAGUCAAGCUCAGUUGCCUCAAACGCUGUCAGAGACUUUUUUUGGUUGACAAUACUUUUAGUAGAAAUUUCAUGCCUUAGACAAACAAAUUCAACACCUAAUUAAUCUUUCUUUUUUCAUGAUUGUUGUUGCUGCUUUUUUUUUCAGUUUUUUUGCUCUAUUUUCAUGACUAAUUGCUGUAAUUUGUUUUGCUGUUUUUAUUCUUACAAAACAUUUUUGUAAGAGUUCCAAUACUUGUGGAUCAUCCACACACUUUGCAAACAUUUGGCAUGCAGACAAGACAGAGGUAGUCAAUGUUCCCUUUGAGGAAAAACACCUUUUAUAUGACGUCUUCAAUUUACUUUAUUUGAAACUCUGAUCUGAAAAUAUUUGUCAACAAGACUUGUUAGUAGUGAGAAGUACCAACCAAGUUUCCUUUCAUAACUUAAUUUCUCAAAUGUCCCAAUCACUGGAUCUCCCAAAAAAUAUUACAUCUUUUUAUUUUUGGUGCAAAUUACAAGUCCUUCUUUAUAUAAAAAUGAAAAGUGCUAGUCACACUUCAAUAAUAACAGCUCUUAAGUUUACUUGUUGUUCUUCUCUGUCUGUCAGCUAUCAACAAAAUUGUUUUAUACUUCGGGCAGUGCAUAACUAUUUGUGGACCAGAGUUCCAACGCACCUCUGUAAUCGCAUAUAGCUACUCCUGUCUCUUGUACAAAUGUUUCUCCUUUGUAAGACGCACUCUACUCUGUUGUCAAUACUGCUUUAAGUUCAGUGGAAACGACUGACUGAGGAAUCGAGAUGGCGGUGUUGGAACGUGUUGCUGAACGCUUGCUACGGUCAAGCUGUGUAGAUUUAGGUACUGGUACACUCAGGGAUCAUCUAUGUGUCUCUUAUACUUCCGAAUGUGGUAUCCUUCUUUUAUAAAUAUGAGGGUAAAAGACGAUUUGUAGUCGCAUUUAAAACUGUGAUUGGCUUGUGUUAUUUCUCACCUUUGCCAUUAACACAACUCAAGUGAGUUUCGAGUCUUUGUUUCCUCGACAACUUUCGGCCACAAAUCGUGCAUUUGUAAUACGAUCGAUUCUUGUCGAUUAUUUCUACAUAGAGUGAGCUCACAUCUUUAUUUAUAUCACCAAGCUAUCCAUCUUCUAGAAGCAGAGAUCUGGUCGGAGAAGUCAGAAUAAAGUUGGGCGCUUCUCUUAACACUGCAAUCGGCAAGCCAGCGGAUUCACUUUGCUAGCCAAUGACAAGUCCUAAAAGAUCCACGUGAUCAUGCCCGUGAUCGGAAACAAAGAAGACUCCAUUUGGCGCUCAUCUUUGAAUGUACUUUUCAUCGGUUGAUCGCUUUUCUCAACUGUUUUGCUUAAUAUAACAUUUCUAAAGAUAGCUAUUAUUGUGGUUCAAUGGGAAAACGAGAACAGCGUGAGUGUUGUAAAAGAGAAGAAAGUCGUUGGCGCUGUGGAGUUAAAAGAAGGGACAACAGUUGACAUAUGGACUGGUACAAACAAGGGUCGAGUGGCCAUCUGUAAAGCUACGAUUUUGAAAGUUUGUGGUGAGUAAAAAUUGCGAUAUUCGUUACGUGAUCAAAAUCUUAUAAAAGAAUAGAUGUAGCGGGUUGAAUACAGCUUACAUAACGCUCGGCGCAACUGAAACUAGAAAAAUUCUGAGAAUCGAAUCGGUCACUUGCAUGCCGCAGUUUCUUAAGCUUAUGCUUUACAAUGAAAUAAACCUAUCAGUAAGGUUUCAAGAUUCCUCUAGUCACGUUUGGGAACAUUCAAGAUUCAUAACAAACCUUAGUACAUAAAGAAGCCCUCCUUGGUAAAAACAAAAUAAUGUAUUCAGCCCUUUUUUAGUAAAAUCCAUGAGAGAGAUGUACUAACUCCAAUAUAAAAGUCACUCAAUAUAACAGAGAUUUCUCAAUUUGAGAAUCCAAUGAAUGCCCUUUUCCUCAUAGCCAUCUUAAAAGCCUGGUCUGUGCUUUAAACAUACAUAUUUUAAUAUAUUAUUUUUUUUCAAAUUCAGAUGUCAAGGAAUCCAGAUACAAAAUGGUCAAGGUUCUUGUUGACAACCUCAUUCAAGGCCAACUCAUUGUGAGCCCAGGAAAAAAAUACAAACAGUACAAACAGCAGCUAAGUUUGCAGUUUAGGAUAACUUCAUUCUAAUUUAUUGUUACAGUUACAACAAGAUUUUAAUCAAAAAAUCAAUUUUAUUUGUCUGUAAUUAGCCCCUUCACUCCCAAGAAUAUAACUAUAUAAAUAUAACUUAAGAUAAAUUGUAUUUUAUGGAAGAGAAUCAACAGAUUUUAUUCACAAUUUGUGUCAAACCAAAUUUAAUAAUUGAUUAGAACUAUUUUAUAUGAAUAGCUGUAAUUGAGGAUUAAUCCGUAUGAAGUUUUCAAGAAAAGAAAAAUAAAUCAAAUUCCAUCCUAAUAUUACCACACAUUGAUGUUAGUAAUUAAUCAAAAAUAUUUUACAUGUAAGCCUUAAUUAAGCUUCUAAAUAAAUUUCAUUGAAUACUUGAAUUUUAGCUGGGUUUUUUUAAUUUAAAGUAUUUAUUUUAUAUCAUUAGCCUCAAAUUUUUGCUUAAAAUUCCCAGUAAUUCUUAAACAUUCCUAAAAAUUCCCAAAAAUUCCCAGAAAUUCCCAGAAAUUCCUAGGAAUUUUUUAGAUUUACAGCUUUUCAGGGAAAGUCAUCGGUUCUCUGAGUUGGAAUUCCUAGGAAUUCCUAGGAAUUCCAAGUCCUGUUGGCUAUAAACUUGAAAUUUCUGGGAAUUUCUGGGAAUUUUUGGGAAUUUCUAGGAAUUUCUAGGUUUUUAGAACCAGAGUUGUUAUGGUUGGGAAUUCCUAGGAAUUCCUAGGAAUUCCCAGUCCGAAUUUACCAUGAAAAUUCACACCUUUAUUCCUAGGAAUUCCUAGGAAAAUCCUAGGAAUUCCUAGGAAUUCCAAAAGCCAUUUCGCAAUGGUUGUAAGAUCUUGUCAAGAUCUUGCCAUGAUCCUGCAUGAUUUUACAAAAAUUUUGAUCAGAUCAUAACCAAGAUCUUGACAAGAUCAUUAAAAGAUCUUGUCAAGAUCUUAGCAAGAUCUUAAAAAUAUCUUUCCAAGAUCAUUGAAAGAUCUUGUCAAGAUCUUAGCAAGAUCCUGCAGCUUCUUGCAGGAUCUUGUCCAAGAUCUUACAUGAUCUUACCAAAGGUCUUGCCAAGAUUUUAUCAAAGAUCUUGCCAUGAUUUCACCAAGAUCUUGUCCAGAUCUUACCAAGGUUUUCAACCUGGGUAUGCACAGUUUUCCUCUUUCAUUUUUCCUGUAUUUACAUGUAGGAAUUCUUAUUAAUUUUGUUUCAGACCAGUACUUUAUCUUCCAAGUCCUCAAAAGGCCACAGUGGCAGUGCGAUGUUGCCCCAUCCUGUUUGAAUUAAGACAAGGUACAGUUUAGAAAAACAUUUGUUUUCUUUUCUUGCAUGUCAAGAAUAAGUUUGUGUAUUUUAAACUGUGUUUUAAGACUUAAUUUAAAUUUGAAACUUAACAGCUCACUUAAGCUUACAUAAAAAUGAUGAUGAUGAUUAUCAUUAUUAUCUCAUAUUUAUUUAAGCAAUAGACUACACUUUUUAUCAGUUUACUAGAAAAAAAAUCUCUUGGGAUGUGGGGAAAACACUAAAAAAGUUUGUAAAUCACAAGCCAUAGGCAAACAAUUUAUGACCUUCAAUUAUCUAUGGGUUUACUGGUGCAUUAACCCUUUUAAGUCCCACUAGUGACCUAAACAGAAUUUCUCCUUACACUAUCCGUAUGAUAUCAAACAGACAAUUAGUGAGAAUAAAGAAAAAUAUCAAUUAGGGGAUUAUUGGUUGAUCCAAUUCCAAAUCCAAUUUGAUCCACAGGGGCACUUGUAGUAUCUUAAUUAUUCAAUAACAGUAGACAUUGUUUCCUGACAGUUGACACAUGAACAAACUAAACAUGUGCAAGAAAUUACAAAUCUCUUUUACUUAAAUGUGUUUCAAAUAAUGUGGUUUAACCAAACUUAGGUCCAAGGAUAAUUUUUGGCAGAUUGCACUCAGCAAUUCAUUUUGUAUAUUUUAGUUGGAAACCAAACCCCAGCUAUGACUGUUAAUACUGAUAGACAAUAUUUGUCUCCUAGUGAAAGGUGAUGGCAAAUCUGCAAAGAGUAUCUUCAAGUAGGUUUCCUGUUUUUUUUACGCUGUGCUUUGAUUAAUUUUAUGUUAAAAUCCUCUCCUUGCAAAGUGGCAGACACUUAACCUGAGAAUUUAGAUAGAUUAAGAAAGAUGGUUAGUUUUAAGCUUGUUAAAGAAAUAAAGAAAGAUGUUUUACAUCUUGUCACAAGUGUGGGAACUAAGAGUCUCUUUUUUUGGCACAGUGGUAGAGCAUAGGAGUGCAGAAUUUGAAGGUCUAAGACAUCUUUUUCUGAUAUAUCAUUUGUUUGCAUUCCAGGUUGCCUUACCGGAUGGUUUUCUCUGUAGCAACAAUUGACUCUAUUCUGUUAUAUGACACUCAACAAGCAGUACCUUUUGGUUACAUAAGCAAUAUUCAUUAUGCUGCUCUCACUGAUCUUACUUGGUAUGUACAAGGUUGAUAUACUUUUGGUAACAGUGACCAAGUUUCAUUCACAAGGCUGCUGAUGCCAUUCACAGUUUCUGUAGCAGUUAAUGGCUAAGGGGUGUUGAUGCUAACCCUACAUGGGGUGCUGGUCCAUAACAAUUUUAUCUUCAGCAUUUCAGAAGGUUUUGAUGGCUUGCUUUCCAUCCAUACUAUAACUAUACUAUAACUCCCAGAAAUGAUUAAAACAUGAAACUUCUCCCUAUAACUUUCAUUCAUUAUUCAGCAAACAGGUAAUGAGAAUAUUCAAACUUAUCAGGUAGAAGCUACUAUCUUGAUUUAUAUAAUAAGCUCAGUUAUGCACGCAUUCUGAUUGGUUCUCACUUAUGAUCAGGACAGACGUAUAGAUGACGUCAUCAUUAACACUUUUUUAAUUCUUUAUUAUAUAAAACAAAUAGAUUCCAAGUUGCCGAGUGUCUGUUCAGUAAUAGAUCACAGAUGACAUCAAAAUGUGGUAAGAACAUCAGUGACACACUUGGCUGCGCCUCGUGUGCCACUUUUUUGUUCUUACCACAUUUGGACGUCAUCUGUGAUCUAUUACUGAACAGAUACAAGGCAACUUGGAAUCUGUUUGUUAAUUAGCACAAAGUUCUCAUAAAUAAUUUGCAAGGAAUUGUGUAACAGCUAGAGGGGAGAAUUAACAAUAAGAUCUUGGGAGUUUAAGGGUUAAAGAAAACCAUGCUUUGACUCCAAUCAAAACUUCAGCUUUGAUCUCUGCAUUUGAUGUCCAUGCCCUCAUGAGGAAGCAUUUAACCCUUUACACCUUAAGAUUAGUUUGCAUAUUCUCUAUACUGUUCUCUAUACAUUUUCUGAGAUGCUGGCGAGGAGAAUUCUUUUAACAGUCAAGAGCUGUAGUUGGUGAUCAUUUCAGUUAUUCUGGUAAUGGUCAAGUGAUCUGACCAACCUAGGGGAUGAUGUUGUGAGGAGAACUAGAUGUGCGUCACUCUUAGGAGUCAAAGGAUGAGGAGGAACAUGACUAAACAAACAAUAAACUUUUGUUACAAACAUGAUUAAUUUUUGUUAUUUUUCAAUCACUAAGGUUUACAAGUAUAUCACUUGUAUAUUGCCUUUAUUUAUCUUAUGAUGGUAUUAUUACAUAGCAACUUCUUAUCUUCAUGACAAUACAUCCUUCUUUCAGGUCCAGUGAUGGAAGUAUGCUUGUGGCUUCCUCUUCUGAUGGCUACUGUACCAUUGUCCACUUUAAAGAAGGAGAGCUUGGUGUGCCUUACUCUCUGUCAGUCAAACAAGCCUUAGAGAGAAGCAAUUCCCCAUUACUGCAAACUUCUGAUACUUCAGGUAACCUUUGACAUUAAAACUUGAAGAGAGACCAGCAUGUAAUUUCUUUAUGUGCACCAUAUACAUUGAGCUUGGCUAUAGCAAAUUAAAAUGCAUUAGUAAGUGCUACUGGUACAGAAAUCAUUCUGCUAAACUAACUGCUGCUUUAGUGAACAUCAUUUAAUACAGCAUUGUUUUUCACAUCUAAAAUGGCUUAACAUGAGACUUAAAUAGUAAUAAAAUGGAGGUCAUGAAUCUGGCCAAAACUAGUGUUUAUAGAAAUGUUACAAUUGUAAUUGCUAUUCCAGGUAAAGUGAGCAAGAACAUGCGAGCAUCCUCACCCUCAGAGAAGGAUAAGAAUGAGGAAAAGUGUGACAAAACACCCUUGUCUACCAAGAAGGAGCAAUUAGGCAAGAUAAAAAAGUUUACAAUACCUAUGAAAAUUACACCAACCAAACCUGCCAGAAAGGUGGAUCCAAAGAGAAUCACUCUGUCACCAGCCCCUUCAAAACCAGGGGCAGCAAAUCAAGUUUCUGAAGAGUUGAGUUCAGCAGCAUCCACCAAUGUGGUUCAAUUUUCCCCACCUGCUACAAACACUGCAGGACUUCAGCAGUCUUCUGCUGGUCCCAAACGGGUGACAUUGAUGCCAGCAAAAGGGCAAUUAAAUGGAAAUAAUUCAGGUGGUCAGAUGACACCAAGGCGUGUUGCACUAUUGCCAGCAGCAAGUAACCAACCCAACAAGAGCUCUGCUGAGAUCAAACAAACACCUCAGCUAAUACCGAGACGUGUUACUCUGACGCCUAUGGAAAGUACAUCCAAGCCUGAAGACACACAAGUGACAGAAACAAAGGAAGCAAAGCAAGUUCCAGAACGAGUACCAAAAUGCAGUACACUGGGGUCCAGCUCUGCCAAGGGGAACAUGCCCCCAGGUGAUGUAAGAACCAGGGAAACCAGUCUAGCACAGUCAUCCUCUCCAUCUCAAACUACAUCUGCACUCAGAAGAGUACCCCUUGUGACGUUGGCAACUGAUCUUGAGAAAGCCUGUACAAAGGGAUCAUCACAAGCGUCCCAACUACCUGGAACAUCUUCUACAUCAGACCGUAAAACUGUGGUUAAUGAAAAUGUCACAAACAAAUCUACAGAGCCCACUUCGAAACAGUCAGUGCUAGCAAGAGGUGAAAAAACUAGUAAAACUGACAACUCUGCACUUAGGAGAAUAGCACUGACACCUGUUCCAAUCACAACCCAGACACCAUCCAUAACUUCUCUUACAGAUAAGGAAAACAGCACGAUCAACCAACCUCCACAACCUAGAAGGGUAAUGCUUACAACACUUACACCUCAUGGAGGUGGGAACACUCAAGUUGAACAGCCACAGGGCAGUGUUACUAAAUGCCAGACCACAAGAAAACCUAUUCCCUUAGAGCCAAGAAUCAUUAUACUGGACGACUAACAUGUAGCUAAAAAUAAGUUAACCCUUGAUGCACUGAUCAAUUGGAAGCUUUAACAUCCCUUCACUUCCUUGGGCAUUUGAACUUUUGAGGAUUGGUUUGUUCAAAUUCUCACUCUACAGGGCCAAAAUUUUGUCCAAAUGCCCUGCUCAAUGAUUUUGUGAAUUUGGAAAAAUCAGCAACCAUGACUUUCUGUUCAUUCAUCAAGCUUUAAAAACUAGACCUUGUAGACCUUUCUUCCUGAGCCAUUCAAUUGCAAAAGGGAGCUCUUUACCCUAACACACCUCCAUAUUUAGAGAUGUAACACUGCAGCCAGGCAAGGUUUAAAUUCCUCAAACCCCCCACCUCCCCCCCAGAAUUUCUUUCUACAAUAUCAUCGCAAAAAGUGAUGAGACUAGAGAAACUAUCAAUUAGGGAUUAGUUGAUUCAGUACCUACUUCUCUGAACUAACGUUAUAAGAAUUGUUUAGCAGACAGUAAGGAGAAUUACUAAUAAGAUCUUGAGUGUGAAGGGGUUAACAGCAUUUGCCAUUUCAAAGCACACUCCAUCCCUUUGCAAGCAUUUUUGUUAUGAUAGGGUUUGGCUGCAGAAAAAUAAAUUUUUAACGCUGGGCUUGUGUUUAACGUGCAGGAAACCCUCUGAUGCUAGGUCUAUCUUUAAAAACCUUUUUGGAUAUCACCCAUUCAGUGAAGGAAAAGCAGAAGAGAGAAAGCUAUAAUCAUGAAAAUUAUCAAUCAUCUUCAAAUUUUGUUUACAUAAUAGGCGUACAUUGAUUGGUCAGUGGGGAGAGUGAAAAAAUGUAAAUGUUAAAAUUUUUCAUUGAAUAAAAUAUUGCUACAAGAAACAGG